AUGAAGGCCGGUCCAGUUAUAGGGCCCUUCGUUUUUUCCUUUUAUAUGUUACAAAGCGUUUUUCAGUAUUUUAAAGGAAAAUGUAGUGGAAAAAGGUAAGAAAGUAUCUUCUCGCUUUUCUUUUGAAGACAAAGAAUCCUUUUUUCGCGAUUAGAGUUAAAAGCAGUUUCAAGGCCAACUGAGACGAGGCGCCUGUUGAUCAGUUUCAAUAAAAGGAUAAUGUAACGAGGACAAGCUACUAAAACGAUUAAACAGAAGAAGGAGAACUAUUCCUGAAGCAGUAUUUAGAAACUUGUAUUUUGGGUCAAAAAGAUCGUGCAACUUUCGGUAAUUUUUUACUUUUUGGUAUUUACUGUAAGUUGUCAGUUUUCGAAAACAAAAAAAAAUCGUCCAUGGUAACCGUUUGUAAUAAUCUUGGUGCUGACCUAAAGGAACGCAGUGUUUGUGAGAGCCUGCCUUCACUUUGGUCAGCAGCUGAGUCGCAGACUCGUUCCCAGUCGUCGGAAGAUCGCGCUCCGUUCCAAGGCUCCUCGUUUUAUUUGGAUAGCGCGAACUGACUUGGUGACGAGGCUAGCUGGGGCGUGAAACAGGAGUGCGCGCGCGUGCUGCCUCACGCAAGCAAAUAACUGAUAACCGAAUUAAAUUUUCCAGUGUUUUUACUUUGUCAGUGAGAUUACAAGACAUUUCUAGUGCAUCAAGUUUUGUAUUCGAAACUUAAAGCUAUUUUAGAUGAAAUAUGAUCUGUAGCUGAUUGUGUUGUGUCUAUUUUUAUUAUCAGAGAAGUUGCAACCGGUGAAAUUAAAAUUCCAGAAUUAACGGAAAAAGCGCCAGUGAAAAUAGAACAGGAAAGUCAAAAAGUAAGCUUUUGUUUACUGCAUGUUAGGAACAACCCACUUUAAGUUAUUCUUGCAAACAAGUUUUUGUGCCAUUCAUUAACUCCCUCCUAUUGGAUUAUUGACUGUGUGUGGGCUUGUCUGCAAUAAGGCUUAGAAACACUGAUUUUUUUCUUUAAUUUUUUGAGGUUUUUGGAACUUGACGGUCCAUGUAAACAAAUAAAACGCCAGAAAGUAAAUAAAAUAAUUAUUAAAGCAGUCGAUAUCAGUUAUAAAUCUAUUCUCUCCCAUUUUGAAGUUUCAUUUACAAAACUACCGUCACUUUCAAGUUAUAUAUAGCAAAACGCCAAGUCCUCUUCAACACUCAUUUCAUAGUCUGAUUUAUAACUUAUUUCAUUCAUCUUGAUUGACUAGUGCCCCGUUAAACGUAGAAGAUCAGAAGAGCAGUUAGACAAGAUUAAGACAAAGAAACAAAGAAAGUCGAUCUCACUGUAUAAACUUAAAGCCAUCAAGAUGAUUGGUGAGGGAGCGUUUGGGAAGGUGAGAGACUGUCAUAAGAAUCAAACAAUAAUCACAAACAAUUCGUAAUAUUAAUUUUCACAAAAUUUAGAGCAAUUUUCGGCGGAUCACCGCGCUACAGUGGCGAGUAUCUCGUGGUCAAAACCUAGCGAUUUAUCAAUUAUUUGAUUAAUUACUUAAAUAAGUCAUUAUCUAUUUAUUAAUUUCAAAACUCUUUUAAAGAAGUUGAAAGGCUUUGUUUACUUUCGUUUUUGCUAAGUGUACGCUCUUUUAAUUAACAAAUAAGCGAUUAAAGGUGAAUACGAUAUACACACUGUGUAGAAUUCCUUCUUUCUCCAACAAGUGGAUGAUAUCUGGGGCUAUUUUUUCGGGUCGGGAAGUAAUAUGACGUUCUUUGGAAACCCACCGGGUUUGAAAAUAUAUCUGUCAAUCUUUUUAUAGGUUCGUCUUUGUGAGGACCGUCGCACCAAGAGGCCAUACGCGGUAAAGCAGAUAAUUGAACCUGACCCAAGCAGUGUGGAAGAGAAAGUAUUGAGCCUAGCCUCGUCCAGUCCUUUCAUAACAAGACUUUGUGAAGAAGUUGAGAACCCGGUAUGAUACUUUUAAAAAUUGCACAAACAUUUUUCCUCCUUUUACCCCCGCUAUAAACGCCGAAACCCGCCCGCCCGCCCGCAGAUGUGGAAAAAAUGGCCGGCCAAUUACAUUUACAGCAUUCCGACAUCUUGACGAACUUGCAGGAAAACAGGGGACUACAAACCCUCCGAAAGAUUAUGAAUUAUACCUGUGCUAUAAGACUUGAUUGAGACGUUUGUGGCCGAGCGUUUAACACCUCAAACUCUGGAUCUGAAGGUCCGAGGUUCAAGCCUCGCCAGUCGCGUUGUUUCCCAAGACAAGAAACUUAACCCCAUUUUGUUUCUUUUCACCCAGGUGUAUAAGUGGGUACCGGCGACAUACUGCUGGGGGGUAACCCUGCGAUGGACUAGCAUCCCAUCUAGGGGGGAGUGGCAAUACUCCUAGGCUUGCUUCAUGCUACGGAAACCGGUAUAAGCUCCGACCGUGUGGGUCUUUGGCUCGUGUGCACCUUUACUUUUUACCUUUAUCGGCUCCACUGGACGUUUCUCUCUGUGCCUCAUUAUCUUUCUCAAUUUUGUUCACUAUAAGCCAAAAAGAAAAUAGUAUGUUAUGGGUCAACUAAUAGCUUCUUUGCAUUUUCAUAUUAUAGUACCCUGGCCAUUUCAUUAUACUAGAGUUCGUUGAAGGAGGAGACCUUUUCACUGAAUUGGAUGAGAAUGGAUGGCUCAGCGAAAAUCGGACGAGGUAAUCAUAAUUCCAUAUAAAAGUUUUCGAGCAACUGUUAAGAAAACAGUCUAUAACAAACGUCACAAUAAAAGAAAACACAACAGAAUGUAACACAUUUGGUCAAGUUUUGCUUUAAACCGAAUACCCAAUAACGCUUCAGUAAGACACGUUCCAUUAGUACUGGGUCGAAAUCAUCGUAAAUUAUUCUUGACUGACUCAUCGUUUAAUAACGACUGGUUCUAUCAAUUGAGUUCUACCCAAUACAUGUAACCUUAAAAUUAAACUGAGGAUGCAAAAACCAGUAAACAAAAAAAUUCUGUCAAAAAAAGUGAUAGAAACUUCACGCCUUCACCUCACAUACGCGGAUGUAUACAAAAAAUGUACCACCUAUGGACCAAUCCGAUGGACCGCUUCGUGAACCCGGUCCAUGGACUACCCCUGUGGACCACGCCUAAUUUUCGUAGAUGAAUUUAACCAGAGGUCUAAACACAUUUUUGGAACCUUAAAUGGACGAAAAUGUGGUCAGUUUUUAUUAUCAGUGGUAUGGGCUCCACAUAUUUUACACUCGCCUACUUUUUUUUCAAUUCCAUACCAAUUGGUUCCCUGCUAGCAGAGGUCUCUCACGGCGAGGCAAAAAUGAGAGAAAGGAGAGACCUCUGCUAGCAGGGAAACCAAUUGGAUGGGUUCGUUUUAGUCUGGUGAAGGAGUCAACAUAUUUUAGAGGGGCAGAAGUAGGGAGGAAGUAGUAUCCUAUGCAGUUUGUUUUGCGUUCCCGUUGUGUGAAAAUCGAAACAAAAACGGCUGUGUAUGAGACUAAGGACGAAAUAUUGUUUCUCCUCCCAGGCUAAACCAAACUCAUGAAUGGAAUUCAGGAAAAAUUUGAGCAAGUGUAUAAUAUGAGGACCCUUUAAUCCUGAUAAUACAGUUAAAAUUGACACAGUUUCAUCCAUUUAAGGUUCCUAAAUUUCGUUUAGACCUCUAGAUUUUAAAGAUUAAUCUUCAAAAAUUAAGGGUGACCUACCUAGAUGGUCCAUGGAGCUCAUUUAAUCUUGCUCAGUAGUGAGACGUAGUAUACAUACAUGUUUUACCUAAAACAUCCUAUUACUCGUCGUUUAUUUUAGGUUUUACACAGCUGAAAUCAUCACCGGCUUGCAAUUUCUACACCAAAAAGGUGUAAUACACAGGUGAGUAGAAAUUUGAAAACUAGCUGAAAUCCACACUUGAUGGGUGAUUUCGAUCGCUUGGCAAACUCAAGAUAAAAAAAGCAAUGAAUUGAGACCGUCGGACCUUCUCAGCCGUAAAUCACCUGACUGUACAAAGUAGGUAAUCGUUUGCUAGAUCAUUGUCUACCAUGACAGGGCCUGUCUCCUCCGAAGAGGNAGGGCACAUUUUGUAAUUUUUCUUUAGCGCCGAAGAGAAAAAUUUAUAAAACGUCUAUGAAACAUUUAAAAAUACAUAAAUUCCCUUUCAAUAGCGUAAUUUCCUUGGCCAUAGAGUGCAAAAUGUACCUGAAAAUUCAGCAAAAUCUUCGCUGACUUGGUUGCAUUUCAAAACAGACCAUGGGCUCCUCCGUGAAGAAAACAAGGUUGAAUAGAGUACUAAAGUGUGACGUCAUAAAAAUGAAAUUUCUGAAAUUAUGGGAUUUGCCCUGAUAUUCUGAAAGAACAAUGUCCACAAGGCCUACUUGCCAAAAAUGAGCAUUUGGGGGCAAAUUGUCUCUGAGAUCGUAGCCCAGUUAUGCUUACAAAACUCCAUACAAACCCUUCUAAAAAUUUUUUGGGUCGACCCAAAAAAAAAUUAGAAGGGUUUGUAUGGAGUUUUCUGAGUGUAACUGGGCUACGAUCUCAGAGACAAUUUGCCGCAAAAUGCUCAUUUUUGGCAAGUAGGCCUCUUGGACAUUGUUCUUUCAGAAUAUCCUGACAAAUCCCAUAAUUUCAGAAAUUUCAUUUUUAUGACGUCAUCACUUUAGUACUCUAUUCUUCGAAGGACGAUUCCUUGAUGAAAAGCUUCCCUUUCUCCACGAAAAGGAAGCUGAGCAUUCUUUUGAACUUUCUCUUUCCAUUUUUUGUCUUUUAACGGUGUAUUUUUAACCUUGAAAUGCAAAACUCUUGUCUUAAAACAUCUGCAUGGUGAUCGCUCAGCAGCCAUUUUGCUGAAAAUGGAUAUCCAUCACUAAGGUUUCCAAAUAUGGUCAAAAUGAAUAUUCACAAGCAUUGAACGCGAGUUACACGUUUCAACCCCUUAUGGGUUUCUGGUUCUACUCAAUACAUGUAACCUUAACAUUGAACUGAGGAUGCAAAAACCAGUAAACAAAAUAAUUCUGUCAAAAUAAGCGAUAGAAACUUCACCUCACAUAGGUGGACGUAUACAAAAAAUGUACCACCUAUGGACCAAGCCGAUGGACCGCUUCGUGAACCCGGUCCGUGGACUACCCCUGUGGAUGACCACGCCUAAUUUUCGAACAUGAAUUUGACCAGAGGUCUAAGCAAAUUUUUCGGAACCUUAAAUGGACGAAAAUGUGGUCAGGUUUUAUUAUCAGUGGUAUGGGAUCCUCAUAUUUUACACUUGUUUAUUUUUUUUCAAUUCCAUACUAUUUGAAUAUAAUAGGUUCGUUUUAGUCUGGUGAAGGAUUCAACCUAUUUUAGAGGAACAGAAGUAGGGAGGAAGUAGUAUCCUACGCAGUUUUUUUGUGUUCCCGCUGCUUGAAAAUCGGCUGUGUUUGAGACUAAGAAAAAAAUCGUAAGACGCAGUGUAUUACUUAAAACAUCCUAUUGCUCGUCUAUUUGUUUUAGGUUUUACACUGCUGAGAUCAUCGCUGGAUUACAAUUUUUACACCAAAAAGGUGUCAUUCACAGGUGAGUAGAAAAAUGAGAAGUAGCUGAAAUUCACAUUUGGUUGGUGAUUUCGAUCACUGACGUAUUAAUAUGGCAAAGAUAAAAAAAAACAAUGAAUUGAUACCGUCGGACCUUUAUUUUGCGGCCUCCUCAACGGCCAACAGUCACGUACAUAUAUCGGGGCGGGCAAAAAUUGUCAGCUGUAAAUCACCUAACUGUACAAAGGAGGUAAUCGUUUGCUAGAUCAUUGUCUGUCACGACAGGGCCUCUCUCCUCCGCAGAGGCCUCUUUGCAUCGGGGGACGAUGGGAAGGGGAAAGAGAGAAGCGAGGGCCUAAGCUAGGCCUCGCUCCCGCUUUUUCUCUCUUCCCAUCGUCCCCCGAGCGCUUUCUAUUUUUCCAUUAUUGCUAUUUUUACUGGGAUACCCAGCGGGAGCCUUCGCAGAGCUAGGAGAGAGUGACAGGGCUCAGCGUUCUGUACAGUCCUUGCAUGGGUGAAGAAAGUUAACUUUAUAAUUAUGCGGCUAUUUAUCCCUUUCCCUGGAAGAUUAUGUCGCACCACUUUUGGCUAGGUUUACUUAAAAAUCAAUGCCUUUAAUAUUUGUGUAAAUUUUUAUUUAUCGUAUGACAGGGACUUGAAACCUGAAAACAUUUUGCUGACCAAAAAAGGAGACAUCAAAAUCAGUGAUUUUGGGUUGUCCGCUAUCAUCGAUCCAGUUAAACAGGAAAAGAUUAACAACGCAGAAANUUAUGUCGCACCACUUUUGGCUAGGUUUACUUAAAAAUCAAUGCCUUUAAUAUUUGUGUAAAUUUUUAUUUAUCGUAUGACAGGGACUUGAAACCUGAAAACAUUUUGCUGACCAAAAAAGGAGACAUCAAAAUCAGUGAUUUUGGGUUGUCCGCUAUCAUCGAUCCAGUUAAACAGGAAAAGAUUAACAACGCAGAAAUUAUCGGGACACCUCGUUACAUGGCUCCUGAGGUAAACCAUGGAACUGUAGCGUUAGUUAAGGGGGACGAGUAUGGUUAAAAGCAUUAUUUUUGGUUGAUUUCCACCCCUUUUCUUAAAUAUCUAGCAAGCCAAGAUUUUAUUCAAUCAAAAAAAUGACUCAGUUAUGUUACAGUCCUUCGAAUGUUUUUAAUGUAUAAAAUUUAGGGGGGAAGAUGUUUAAAAUUUUGGGAAAAUGCAUGGAAAAUAUUGGAUUUGGGGGGUUGUUAAAAAUUAAAAUAUGAAGUGAAUAAUUAGUAGACAAAUACCAGAUAGUCCACCACCACAACAAGGUGCCUCUGAUCCCAUUAGAGGACUAACUGGUUCACCUAUUCUACCCAGUAAUCAGCAUCAUUUCCCAAAAAACAAACCGUAAUCCCCCCUUAGGCGCUGUGAACCAAGUGUCUAAAUCAGUUUCUCGUGUAGCUGCGUGGUCAAUAGUAUUUUAUCCCAGAUCUAGGACCUAUUUCAGAACCUCCAUCCAAAAUAUCCCUGGGAAAAUUUAAGAGGGUUCUAACAAGGACAACCGAAUUAUAUUCUGUUAGGGUAGUUUCUGCUUUUUACUUACUGAAUCAGCGCUGAUAAUUAACGCUAAAACAAAUCUUUAUACAGGCUAUGAAAUAUGAGUUUUUCUUGUAAGAGAUAUAUAUCUGUUACAGGAUAUAUUCUAAUGUUACCUACAGUGGAAGAAAGAAAAGCUGCAUGUUCAGUUUCCCACAAAGCUAACAAUACAUGGCAUGAUUCAUUCAUUAAAAAAUCACAAACCUCAUAGUUAGAUCUUUUUUUAGGAGAAGCUCGGCUUGUUUUCAUGGAAUAACAUCUUAUCGUGCUGAUGUUAGCUUAGUGCAAGGUGUUAUAUUAUUUGUUGCAGAUUAUUUUACAGGACCCAUACGACGCAUGUGUGGAUUGGUGGGCUCUUGGAGUCAUGGUGUUUACGAUGCUCACUGGAAUGGUUUGUAUAUUUCAAAUGUUAUUUCAGUUAUUUUCAGGUUCUUAACACGAAAAAGGUGAAACUGAACUUAGACUAUGAUGAUGGUAACCUACUUAGUUGACAAUGUUAUGCUUUGUGUUUACUUUUCAGAUGCCGUUUGAUGCUGAAUCGGAGGAUGAGUUAUUUGAUUUGAUCGUAUAUCACUACCCACAGAAACCGGACAAAGUAACAAUGUCUGAGCUGUCCACUGACGCCACUGAAUUAUUCCUACACGUAAGUGUCAAACACAUAAAUCAUACAUGAAAUGUUAUAUUCCCUUCAUUUUUUACAUGUACCAAAAUUAUUUAUGCCAGUCGAUAACAAUAGAGGCAAGACUUGGUGAAAAAAAUCCAAAGAUUGACUCCCUACCCCCGGGGUAAUCCCCAUAACGGAUUAUACGGGGUGGCUCCGCCAGAAAGGGUUACCGUUUUUAGGAUUUAGGUAUAUUGAAGGGUAGAGAAAUCUUUUUUAUGUUCGAAUGAGUGAAGAACAAAUAUGACUAGACUAAAACUAGGUCAACGUUGACUUCUGUCACGAAGUAGCAUAAAAACAUAGCAUUUCAAUAAACAAAGAUCUCUGAGUUGAGAGUAAAUACCGAUAUUACAAGACAUAUCACAUUUUUCGGAUGUUUUCAGUUACUAGAAAAAUAUCCGCAAGACCGUCUCGGGUAUAAAGGAGGCGAUUACCCCUGCAUCAGAGAUCAUACUUUCUUUCACGGCUUUGACUGGAACAGACUGGAGGCAUUGGAACUCGACCGCCCACCUUAG